GAAGAUCUUUUCUUUGACAUGCAGUACAACAAUACUCGAACGUGAAUCACGAGUCGAAGUCUUUCCGACUUUCUUCCAGACUUUACCAGUGUCACGUUAUGACAGAACAUGGUUUUAAAAUCACUGGAAGAUAAGAAUGGAUUUACACUUUGACUUUUAAAGGACGUUCCCGUGGUUUUUCUAGCGUAAUUCUACUUUGCAGACCCUCGGAUGUUUGCACCGUAGCUUGGCAGUUUGUCAACAUAAACCUCGGCAGGAACUGAUGGAUAAUGGCGGCGGAGCCUCCCUCACCACCUCCUCCUCUGACAUUCAGACUAUCAGUGCUGCUGUUUCCCCAAAACCAAACACGGAACUAAAGAAACUACUGACUUUUAAGGUUUACAAGAGGAGGUGGUUUGUCCUGCUGGUUCUGUGUUUGUUAAACUGCUCCAACGCUACGAUAUGGCUGACAUUUGCGCCCGUGGCGGACCAGUCUGCCCAUUACCUGAAGGUCACGCUGGAAGAAAUCAACUGGCUGUCGCUGGUCUACAUGGUGGUGGCCAUACCGCUCAGCUUUGGGACCACGUGGAUGCUGGACACUCUCGGGCUAAGGAUCACGCUGAUCGUAGGCUCCUGGCUGAACAUGUUCGGAGCCAUGCUGCGCUUCUUUGGCACGCUACCGCCUGACCGGUACGGUGUUGACUACAACAUAGUGAUGACGGGUCAGACGUUUGGAGCUCUGGCUCAGCCCCUCAUCAUCUUCACCCCCACUAAACUGGCUGCUCUCUGGUUCCCCGACCAUCAGCGGGCCACGGCGAACAUGAUCGCCUCCAUGUCUAAUCCUCUGGGCGUUCUCCUCGCUAACAUCAUCUCUCCUUUGAUCGUUAAGACUCCUGAACAGAUUCCAGCUCUGAUGAUGUCCUAUGCAAUCCCGGCAUGCCUCAUCUGUUUCCUAGCAACAGUGGGGAUACUGAGCAGCGCCCCGCCCACGCCUCCAUCAGCCAGUGCAGAGUCGUCCGGAUCUGAGCCGUUUGUACAGGGCAUCAAACUGUUACUGAAGAACAAACCCUACCUGGUCCUGCUGGUGUGCUUCGGCUCGGGCAUCGCGGUGUUCACCUGCUUCUCCACGCUGCUGGAGCAGAUCCUGUGCGUGCAGGGAUACAACAACGACUUCGCCGGCCUGUGCGGCGCCCUCUUCAUCGUGUUCGGUAUCAUCGGCGCCGGCGCAGUGGGUCUCUACGUGGACAAGACCAAGAAGUUCAUCGAAGCCCUGAAGAUCAACAUCAGCUUGUGUGCUGUGGCGUGCAUCGCGUUUUCGGUGGUGUCUCUGAUGCGUGAGCAGAAAGCCGCCGUUGCCGCCGUGUGCUCUCUCUUUGGCUUUUUCGGUUUCUCCAUUUAUCCCGUGGCUAUGGAACUUUCUGUGGAGUGUUCGUAUCCGGUGGGAGAAGCCACGUCUGCCGGACUCAUCUUCAUAUCGGGGCAGAUUCAGUCUGUCCUCUACAUCAUCGUCCUCCAGGCUUUGACCAAAAGACUCACCGACUCUCCUCUGUCCACCUGCGGUGACGCCGUCCUGAGCUGGAAAGUGUCCAACAUGGUGAUGGCAGGACUGUGCAGUCUGUUCGCCUGCGGCCUCGUCAUCUUCUUCCACACGAGGUACAGACGACUGGAGGCCGAGGAGAAUGCGACUUACGGCACCAGACAACGCAAGAGCUCGGCGACGGCAGCGAGCGCUGACCGCGGCGCGAGCGUUGACUGCGGCGCGAGCGUGAACUCGUGAUCUGAUACACUCACAGGUGUAGUGUUUCUGUUUGCUGCCCUCUCUCAGCGAGAGAGGGCAUUAUGGGUAAAUUAAAAAUAUAAAAAGUUACUUUCUUUCUUUGGUCAACUUCAGGUUUGAUUGUACAUGAAGGUACAAUAAUAUGUUUUAUUACCAUGGGUACUAACAAAUAAUCUUUAAGUAUAUUUACUUUAUCUGUAAAAUAAACAUAAAUGAUUCCAUUAAUAAAUUGUAAUUUGCUAAAUAGAUGAAACAGUUAACAUUCCUGGGAUUUAAUUUUUGAUUAUUGUUUCAUUUUUCAUCUAAAACUUAUUUUUAAUACUCAAAAUAAAGCUGCUGUUGGUGAAAUGCUGUAGCUAAAAUCUGCUAUAGUACGUUCCAGAUGUCUCAGAACUGGGAAUGGAACGUCCACAGAGGUUAGCUAAUCCAAAUUCCAAAUUAUUUGGUGAUUAUGUUAGCAUUAGCAUCAGAGGCUAGGUUUGCUAACUAGCUAGCUACUCUAGUCCAACUGUUGAACACAUGAAACCACUGUAGCAACAUGUCCACAGACACCAGGAGGACACUUAAGUGUGUCGGACUUAUUUGAACAAAACAUGGACACAAACUUAUCUUGUGUUACAGCCACCAUUAGCCACUGUUAGCAAUGCUCUAUGCUGUAUUUUCAACAUACUAACAGUGUAGAAAACAAAUGUCCAUUGAUUAAGAAAAAUUGUGUACGACUGAUUUAAUGUAAAACGAAUAAGUAGCAGUAAAAUUAGCAGUGUUUUAUGAAACCCAACUCUGGGGUUUGUGAGGUUACUCCGACUUUCUGAGUUGACCUUUUUGUUAUAUAAAAUCCAAAUUUAGCAUUAUAGCUAGGUUUGUUAACUAGCAAGCAAUUCUAGUUCAACUGUUCAACACAUGACACCACUGUAGCAACAUGUCCAGACACCAGGAGGACACGUAAGUGUGUACAACUCAUUUAAGUAGACACACAAAAAACUAGCUUUCUAGAUGCUAGGAGCAGCCAUUUUGUGCCUGUGUACGCACAUGCACCCAUUACAUUUUUCAUGAGCACUGAGUGCCAAAAAAUGUGCAAAAUGUACUGACCUGUGAACUGUGGCGUUUCUUUGCACCUGGAGAAGGACCUGGACCCAAAAGAUCAUCUUGUCUAGCUGGUCUGGACAAUUCUGACUACUUACUAAAGAGUAAGUAAUAAAAAAACUAACUAAACUAAAGAGUAGUCCCCUGUCUGUGCUGUUAAUAAAUGCCCCGCCCCCACAUCAAGGUUAAGUGAAUGCUAUCAGGAAGUUAGCCAAAUGACAACAUGGUUGACAACAGCUUAAACUUUGACCUAGCUAACAGGAGAUUAAAUUAAGUAUUAAUUCAAACACAUUUGACUCUUAACGCGUGGUUAAGAAUUCCCUUAAAGACUAAUAACGACAUAAUAUUUUCUACUAUGGCGUCUUUUUCAAAUAACAAAACCACUUAAAAAAAAAAAAACAGGACUAUAAAACAGAAAUAGCUGUUAAAGCAACUGUUCAGUAACACAACCUGUAAAAUGCAUAAUUUUACAUGUUAAACAGGUUUUCCAUUGUUUUUUUUGUUGUCAGUCACUUUUUUUGGGAAACCAAAUAUUUAGGCAUUACCACUAAUUUUUAAACCCAGUUGUGGGUUUUGUGCAAUAAAAGAAGUAAAUUUGGUAAAGAUUGUGUUCACUGCAGGUGAUAAUUCAGUAACAAUAUAUACUGUAUGUGUUUCAAUAUAAUUGUUUUCUACUGCAAGAAAACUGGCUAUGUCUGUAGGUAUUGUAUGUACCUAAUAAAGUGGCUGUUUAAUGUUUAUGCACUGUGGGAACACAUUUUUAUGAAACGUUAAGACGCUAAGAUGUUUAUGAUGAUAAUUAAUGGGUUUUUUUUCUCUGGAGUAAUAUCUGACAUUUUAAUAAAUAGAAUUUAAAAUGUUUUAUUUUUUGGGCACAUGAUACUGAAGGUUUUUGAUUCCUAAUACGACCAAAUCAGAAUCUUCCCUUUACAUGGUUUUUGCUUCAUAUUAUGAAUGUGAUUUACCUUUUUUACAUUUUCUAAGACAAAUAAAAAAUUUACUUUUUUUAUGAAGACGUUUUAACAUUCAAACAAGAAACUGUUGUUUAUUAAGUGUCAAAGAAGUGAACUUUGUGUGUUUAUUAAAAAAAUAAAGAAAAAAAGAAUUAACUGCAAUGCCAAAGCUGGAACACCAAGCCUUUUUUUGUGUGUAAUUCCUUAAUUUCUCUAAGCUUAAAGGCAAUAAAGGUUCUUAUCUCACUGCCUUAAAAUGUCAAAGCUUUGUUUGUCUGACAAAUCCUUCGUAAAUGUGUUGUUUUAAGAUCCAGUGGUGAAUACUUAAAAUGUCUUAAAUGUUUGAAUAAAAUAUCGGAGAGCUGGGAGGCUGAAAGUAGGGGAUAUUUUCAUUUAAAUAAAUUAUAGAUUGGUAUCAGGUAAUAACCUUGUUAACAUCGGCAAAUAAGAUGUAUCUAAAUUUCCAGUGGGAAAAAAGUGUACACACUGAAUCUGUAGCUAAUAAUAAAUUCUAUGACAAAUAAAAAUUUGCUCAAUCUUU